CCGGCUGCCUUCCCCUAGGCUGGCGUGGAGCUGGGUUUCUCUUCGCGUCGCUGCCUCCGGAGCGGGCCCCCCUCGUUUCCCCGGCCUGCCGCCUCCCCGGAGCGGCUGUUCCCUGUUCCGGCGGCCAAGGGAGCUGCGUGUGCUCCUCAGGGAAAUUGCCCCUGCGGAGGCACGGGACGCGUUUGCUACAGUGUCGCCCCUAAACUGAAAGGAGGUGCUAGCAAACGCAUAGGGACACAACUUAAAAGAACAAGGAGUGGGGGGGGAAAAGCCAGUAUUCUCAGCCUCUGUAAUCAAGUUGUCUUCUUUCUGAAAUAGUUGUUUUUGUGUUGGGAUGGGUAAUCUGGUGUCUUUGCAGUGACUUGAAAUAGUUUGGACUUACUCAGACUGGAAGAUGUGGAGUGGGCUGUUACCUCCAGGACUGAAUGAAAGUGAUGUUGAUCUGAGUUCUGAUGAUGGAGACGAAUCGCCUGAUUCCUGUUCAAAGCAAGAAGCAGAAGAAGAUACUGAAAGAGUUCAGGGGACUGGGCAGGAAAGUAAUACCAGCAGUGAACCUAUUGUACCAGUGACAGAUGAAGACAGUGAAUCUCAAACGUGCCCUCCUGGAGUUUCUGUAAAUAUCUGGAAUAAAUUUGUGGAGCUUCAGAAGAAACACCGUGAAAUGAAAAUGCAAGUAAAAGAGGAAAACAGAUGCCGGAAAAGAAAGCGCCGCCGAAAAGCAAAACAGAGAAAGACCGAUGAAGUGGCUAAGAGUAGUCAGCAGUUGGAAAACGAAGACAAAUGGAAAGAACUUACACAAUAUUUUGGAAUCAAUGAUAGAUUUGAAUCACCUUUGAACAGCAGGGCUCCACAAAAGUCUGGCCUUGAACUGAGCAUAGAGAAGUGUGUGGCUGAAGGUGACAUUACCAGGGCUGAGGAGCUGAGUGACAGAUUAGCCAUUCGUGAGCUUGGUGUGAAAAUUGCCAAAGCUGCCGCUUGCCGCAACUUUGUAAAAGCCAAGCAAGAAGCAGAGGCUGCCCAAGAAGCUCAAAAGAAAAGGAAGCUUGCUUGGGGAUUUGAAGCCAAGAAAAGAUGGGAAACAAAAAGCAACAUGGGAUACAUGUAAUCCAUCCUGUUUUACUCAGAAGUCAAAUACCUGUUGUUACUUGAAGAAUUUUUGUGUGCAGCUUAUUAAAGCUAAACAUAAACCCCCCCAAAACAAAACACAACACGUCAAAUGCCUUGUAUUUAUCUUAAUGUUUUCAAACUGCACUAUCUUGUUUUGGCACUCUCCUAUAAAUAAUACAGCAAAAAUAUUAUCUAAGCAUCAAUAAUGUGUUAAAUUUUCCUUCUAGAUGUGAAACCUAAAGGUAAUGCAUUUUAGGAUGAAUUUGGAGUCUGGUAGAGAACACUCUGAAGUUGAAAUAAAAUCCUUGGUCCAAA